AUGCGCUCGCCGCGCCAUGCCGACAUCUUCGAGGAUUUCUGCAAAGACAAGCUCCCCAGCGACGACAUCUACGUCCCGCCUCAACACCAGCCCAUAAACCCCGAAGACGAGGACGACGUGGUUCCAGACCAGCACGCUGCGUUUGGCAUUCAAAGGGCAACACAAAAGAACAAGGAGCCAGCGUGGAAAGAUCUGGGAUUGGCCGAGCUGAUGAAGAAGCAGCCAAAGGACAGGGUCGCUUUUGGUGGUUCGGGCAAAAAGGCGCCGCGGUAA